AUGAGCGAACAGAACAAUCAGCAAGUGAGUCGUUUGCAACAACUGGUGCCGACAAUCGGUAUGUUUCACACCCACCUACCUCUCCGUCGGGCGUUUGAAGUAUAUAACGAAAAGCACAAAUUGACGAAAAGACAGCAUAUCCAGAUUUCAUUCAAUGAGAUUCGUCAUAUUUUGAACCUAGCUCAGAUUAUGGCUCUCCGCAAAAAUCUCAAUGGUCCUCGUUUGAUAACUUUCGAUGGAGAUCAGACUCUUUAUGCUGACGGCGCAAACUUUGACAGUAAUCCUCGACUCGCCAAUUACCUGUAUUUGCUACUUCGCCAUGGAGUAUCUGUUGCUGUUGUUACUGCCGCCGGAUACGAGUACAAUGUCGAAAAGUAUGAAUAUCGUCUUUCGGGACUUCUGCAUUUUUUCAGACAACGAGGGCUUUCAAAUGCCGAAUGUGCGCGAUUCUACUUGUUUGGAGGAGAGUGCAACUACUUAUUUCAGCUAGGACAUGGGUAUAGACUGCAGCCUGUGAAGGAAUAUGGGCCGGGUGGGUGGAUUACGUCUACUUCAUUCAUCAAAGAAAGCCCCGGGAACUGGUCCGAAGCCCAUAUCAACACGGUUUUGGACUUGGCUGAAUCCAACGCCAACGAGACCUUGAAGGAGCUGAACCUUCGAGGACGCAUUGUCCGCAAACGGCGAUCAGUUGGGCUGUGUCCGAAUCAUGGACAAGAAAUACCUAGAGAGAGUCUAGACGAACUAGUUCUCCGCUCUCACGAGAAGCUCAACCGUAUGAAUGAAGGUACUGGCCCUGGAAUACCUUACUGCGCCUUCAAUGGUGGAACUGAUGCUUGGGUCGAUGUUGGCAAUAAAAGGGUUGGAGUUCAGGUUCUGCAAUCCUAUCUUGGAAUUCCAGUGCAAGAAACACUGCACAUUGGUGAUCAAUUUCUGAACACCGGCAACGACUACGCAGCGCGCGACGUCAGCUGCUGUGUAUGGAUAAUUAGUCCCCAGGAAACUACGUAUAUUCUU